CAGAGACAAUCUUCAUCUGCUUUUUUUCGUAUGCAUAUUCAUCGCAGGAGCUUCUGGAGGCGUCUCAGAUGCAUUUUCGUGUGAGUGAAUACAAAACAAUGUGCACAUAUGUGAAACGAGCGAGAAAAUCGAAUUGACGUUUUCUGACGUGACUUCUACUUCAUUAUUGCUCGCCUUCUUUUCCUGUAGAUCUCCGAUAUCAAGAGUCUGGGUGUAGUACAGUACACAUAGGGCAGAGUCGUCUGCUUUCUAGUUUUGCCGGAGCCAUAAUGUUUUGGUAUUCGGGUCGUGUCACUCAAUUAUUGGGCAUUCAGAAUGUCCUGGUUUUGACCAUGAUUUGCACAGGCAUUCGAUUUUCAUUGCUGAGACAAAUGAAGCAUCCAGGCUAUGUCUAUCUCAUAGAUCUUAUUCGGGGCGCGACCUAUGGUAUCUUUUGGAGCUCCUCGACAAUUUUUGCAAGCCAAAUUGGUCCACCAAGUCUUCGAGCGACCAUUCUUCUUCUUUUGAAUGGAAUCUACAAUGGAAUCGGUCGAUCGACUGGAGGAUUUCUGGGAGGAAAAUUCCAGGGCGUUUUUGGCAUCGACAAUUUAUACUUGUGGUGCUCGCGAAUAAAUUUUACGCUGGCCAUUGCACUGGCUAUUUUAUGCUAUCGCAAUCAGAAACAAGGCUCAGACUGUACCGAUCACAGAAUGCAUGGCAAAAACACAAUGCAUGCCAAAAAGGUGGAAUAAGAAAUUAAUUUUACUAACGAUAAUUGCACUCUACGACACCGUGCCGAAAAAUUCCUGCAAAUUGAAUAUUGCUUUUUGGGAUUCUUCUGAACCAAAGGAUUUUGUUUUCUACCAAUAUAUUCUUUUCACUACG